AUUCCCGUUUCUUCUUCCCAACGUCAUCACUCAUCCUCGCCUCGCGCCUCCACUAUGGUUUUGUAGCUUAGCUAGCCUGCGGGUAGAGAAACGUUGGACCGCUUACCUGAGAAGCCGGGAGUCUCCUCGUCCACACCGGGAGAUAAACCACAGUCUCCGGGAAAGGAGGGAGUUGGUGAAGGGAAAAAGUGUUUUAGCCGGGCGUGGUGGCAAGAAAACAAAUAGUUUUUUAUUCUCCACCCGAAAAACUUCAAAGUAGCAUUUACAAUGUCGCUGUCGGUUCCGCAGAACGGAGUAAAGGCGGAUAACGAACCUAUUAUCGAGCUUUUUGUCAAGGCGGGAAGCGAUGGCGAGAGCAUCGGGAACUGCCCCUUCUCACAGAGGCUCUUCAUGAUAUUGUGGCUGAAAGGAGUCGUCUUCAAUGUUACCACAGUAGACCUUAAGAGGAAGCCUGCAGACCUCCAGAACCUGGCUCCUGGCACACACCCGCCCUUCAUCACCUUUAACGGAGAGGUCAAAACUGAUGUCAACAAGAUCGAGGAGUUUCUUGAGGAUAUCCUCUGCCCACCCAAGUUUAUCAAACUUGGUGCAAGACACCCCGAGUCAAACACCGCCGGUAUGGACAUCUUUGCCAAGUUUUCUGCAUACAUCAAAAACUCCAAACCUGACGCAAAUGAAGCUCUGGAGCGUGGUCUCCUGAAGACCCUGCAGAAGCUGGACGAGUAUCUUCGCUCCCCGCUUCCAGACGAGAUCGACCACAACAGCAUCGAAGACGUGAAGGUGUCCGGCCGCAAGUUCCUGGACGGAGAUGAGAUGACCCUCGCCGACUGCAACCUGCUGCCCAAGCUGCACAUAGUCAAGGUUGUGGCCAAAAAGUACCGAGGCUUCGACAUCCCCAAAGAAAUGACGGCCAUCUGGAAGUACCUGAACAACGCCUACACAAGGGAAGAGUUCAUCAACACCUGCCCCAGUGACAAGGAGAUCGAGAUCGCCUAUGCAGACGUGGCCAAGAGGCUUGUCAAAUAAGCCCCCGUCCUGACCUUUCACCUCUCACCUCCGGCCCCGCUUCACUUCCCUUCACUCUGUCCUCUUCAGCGCUGGGACUGAUGUGCUUCUCCGCCUGUUCUUUCCUCCAUUCAUUCUCAUCAACGGUUUCCAUCUCGUUCAAGGCUGUGAGAGUGCUGGAGCCUAUCCUGUCCGUCUGAGGUGGGAUGUGCCCUACACAGGCCCUUUUCGAGAAAGGAAGAUGGGUUCAUCCAAAUCUACUUCUCUCCAGUUUUAUGAAGGCCCCUCGAGUUAAAUCAGCAGAGGCCCCCUUAUUCAUCCUGUCAUCGUUACCUGCUUCUGUUCUCAAAGUGCUGAUGAAUGAGUGAGCUGGUGAUGGAGAAGCUGCCAAACACGCUAUCAGAGCUUAUCCAGAAUGUGCUCCCUCUCAAGUGACCUUCUAGCUGACUCUCUGCAUGCAGGGGAAAUGUCACAAGCUGCUUUAAGUUGAAGAUGGAUUUAAAAAAGAAAACAAUACCGGGUUUGCGAUAGAGUGAACUCUAAAAAGCUUGUUUUUUUUCUUUGUCUUUUAGCUCAUGAAGACAUGUAAACAGUGUUGAAGCUUUAGUGUUUCUGGCUCCAAUAUUUGACAGGGAUACACAGAAGCUGAAGGUAGUCCAAACUUGAGCAUCAGCAAGCUUUAUAUUUUUGUUGAGCUGGUUUAAAUAAAAUCAUUUUUAUUAUCUGAUAUUCAAACUGAUGUCCUUGUAGCCUCAGCCGGACUCAAAUGAAGUAGUUUAGCUCCUAGAUUCCUGCAGAACUAUGAUCUCUCAGGAAGGAUAAAACCUGAGCUUUAUGAAGAUAUCAAACCAUAUGUAGCUUGUAUAGUCAUGAAUGGCCUUUUGUUAUCACCACAUUGCCAUUAUUUUUGUCUAAAAAUGAGUUUUUUUCUCUUUUAUGCUGAUUGCAGCUCCUCUUCUACAUCUUGAACCAAAAAGGGGCUCAUUAUUCUGGACAUUGUGGAUUUACUGGCUCUGACUAGUGAAGCUGAACACCACACACUUCAUAGCCUGUUUUAGGGACACGUCCAGGACCAUGAAGUACACACCAAUAUUUAUGACAAUAUGAAAACAAUACGGUUUCAAUUUCUCGUUGGUUCGUAGUCUGACCUGAGGUAGCAAAUGUGUUACUGUAGCUCCAGAAGUGCUUUAGUGCAGAUCAAAUAAAAUCUGUCUUCAACAUUGGAAUCUGACACAAAGGAACUGUAAAUAUUUUUUCUUUCAUUGUUCGGAUUUUCAGUAUGUACAUUUAAAACCAGUCAUCUGAACUGAGGAGAAAAAAAAUGGGCCACUUUUUUUGCCUGCUUGGGUUAAAACUCCAGCUGAAACGAUUCCUCUUUGCCUUACUUGUUUUUCUCUGCAGGAUGUUUUUGCAGGAAGGAUUAUUUUAGAGAUCAUUUCAUGGCAAUGUUUGGCAUUGUAUGAAGAUGAUGUCCAAGUUAGUUCAUGGCUUUUUUUUAAACAAGAAUAUUGACUGAAUUAAAAUAAACUUCAUAUCAGCACA